AUGGCCGACGCAGUACCCCAGCUGAGGGAUCCUUCUCUCUUCAUUCAGAAGAACUUCAUCAACAAUGAGUGGGUAGACUCCAUCUCAGGCAAGACUUUCAAUGUUUAUGACCCCGCGACGGGGUCGACCAUCGGCUCAUGUCCUGAGUCAACCCCUGAAGAUGCGGAGAGUGCCAUUCAAGCCGCUUCAGCCGCUCUUCCUGUCUGGAAGUCAGCUACAGGACGGGACCGCUCAAGGAUUCUGCGACAGUGGUACGAGUUGGUUCUGGGUAACAAGGACGACCUAGCGACGCUUAUUACGUUGGAGAACGGCAAGUCCAAGGCCGAUGCAGCUGGUGAGGUUCUCUUUGCGGCGAGCUUCAUCGAGUGGUUUGCCGAGGAGGCGCCACGGAUUUAUGGCGAUAUCAUCUCCCACAGCCAGUCGAGCUUCAGGAUCUCUACCUUGAGAGAGCCCAUUGGCGUAUGCGGCCUCAUCACACCAUGGAACUUCCCAGCCGCAAUGAUUGCUCGGAAACUCGCUCCAGCCCUCGCCGCUGGCUGCACCUCGAUUCUAAAACCCGCCUUCGAAACACCCUUCACGGCCAAUGCGCUCCUCUCUCUCCUCUCCCGCACGUCACUCCCACCCGGCGUUGUCAACUCCAUUACCGCACAUGCUAACACCCCCUCGAUCGGCCAAACCCUCUGCUCCUCCAAUAUUGUUCGCAAAAUCUCCUUCACUGGCUCGACACGCGUAGGCAAGCUUCUUAUGAGCCAAUGCAGCGGGACCCUAAAGAAGAUGAGUCUGGAGCUAGGUGGUAAUGCGCCCUUUAUAGUGUUUGAUGAUGCAGAUCUGGACGUUGCUGUGAAAGCAGCUGUGACAAGUAAGUUCAAGUCUUCGGGUCAGACUUGCGUGUGCUCGAACCGCAUCUUUGUACAGAAGGGGGUGUAUGAUGAGUUUUUGAGGAGGCUGAGGGAGGAAGUCGGCAAGUUCAAGGUUGGGUCUGGGUUUGAUCCCAAGACAACGCAUGGACCUCUCAUCUCUGCGGCGGCUGUUCAAAGACUUGAAGGUCUCGUGAGCGAGGCGGUGCAGGGCGGUGCCAAGGUCGAGUGCGGCGGUUCAGCCCUUAAGGAUCAAGGCUCCAAUUUCUUCGCCCCAACGAUUCUCAGUAACGUGAACACCUCCAUGCGCGUUGUAGACGAGGAGAUCUUCGGCCCUGUAGCUCCAGUUUUCAGCUUCGAUGAAGAAGAAGCCAUCGUCCAGGUCGCCAACAAAUGCGAUGUCGGCCUUGCCUCUUACAUCUUCACACAGGAUCUGAACCGCGCGACGAGAAUCACCGAACAGCUUCAAUUCGGCAUGGUCGCAGUCAAUAGUGGCGUUGUAUCUGACGCUGCUGCUCCCUUUGGCGGAGUCAAACACUCGGGUCUUGGUCGCGAGGGAAGCAAGUACGGCAUCGAUGAUUACCUACAGAUCAAAACGGUGGUGCUGGGCAACGUCAAUGUGCAACACCGCGCCCUCUUGUAG